UUCGUUGAUUCUAUCCAUUCGAUUUAAUCGUUUGUUAUUAUUGAUCAAUUCGAUGAAAUUAAUUAAGACGAGCAAUUUCUUAAAAGUACGAUAAAACUUUCUCAGAACAGGCAAUGAUUUUAUGGAACGAUUUUAUGGCCUAAUUCGUCGAUCGAAUGGUGACUAAGUCUAAGCGAGCAAGUGGCACGCGCAGAAGAUCGUAGGCGGUUUAUAUCAGGGAGAGACGAGAGCCGACGCGUCUGUCAGGUAAUAGUGUACGUCGUUCCGUCGACAUGAAAACCCGCGUCCAAGAAGGGAGACGAAGAAGUAGUACACGUGUACGCGUGUUGUUUUUAGGGAUAACGAGAGAGAUGGAAGAGUUAAUGAACGGAUAUCGUCUGGUGCACGUUACACCGUUCGACUGUUUCUUGCCAUUGCCUGUCCAAAACAUGCUUAUUAAACUAAUCACGAAUUAAUUACCGUUAUCUGGCGCGCAGCGUUCACUGGUUAAUCGCGUCGUGGAAUUACACUUCAAAACGUAAUUUUAUCUUUUUCGAAUACUGUAACACAUCGGUGAUAGUGCAGAAUAUUACAUUCAGUGCUUUAUCGUACGCAGAGAAAAUUUCACAGAUUUUAAACGUGAUAGUGAGCAAGUUGUCAGAAUGAGUUAUCGGACUAUAUUCGUUUUCAAGAGCUCGUUAUCAACUUGAGGAGAUUUCAACCGUAAAAAAUCACAAGAUCGACGUGAUAAAAUAUCGAACGAUUUUUAUAUGUAAAAUAUUAGACCGCAGGCAGCAAAAGUGUACGAAGUCGACACAUUGCGUGAAACUUAUCAGCGUAAAAUUUUCUAAAUACCAUGGUGCCUCUUGGCGGUGAGAUUUCUAUCUGAAACGAGAAUUUUAUGAGAACCGACCACGUCAAGAAAAUAUUUUCCACGAGUGUUUGGUCGUCCUUCGAAAAUUUUCGAUUUUCUUGCCUGGUUUCGCCAUAUCAUCAGACCAUAUCUAUCGAUUGUUCGUGGAUUUCAUUUUACACCCGAUAUCACCAAAUGAUACGUUGCAGUAUGAUUGCGUUGAUCUUGAUUACAUAGACCUCGUGAAUUGCUCGAGUAGUUGCACAUCUUGUGUUAUUCUGUGUCAUUAUUAGACGUUGCCGAUUUGUGUUUAUAAUAAUACGAGCAACCUUGAUUAAGUAUUUUCCUGUAAUAUUCACGUUCGGUCGAAACUACGGUAUUUCGCUUCAUUGAUUAGUCGCUAUUUAACUUCAGUUUUUGACGUAAAUGUUUGAUAUCAAAGAUCAUAGAGAACAAUUCCGAAACAUGGCUCCUGAUAAUCGGUAGUUUCGUGCUAUGGUUGAUCAACGCAGCCAAAAAUUUUCACACGUCCUAAUCCACUUGAUGCCGGCGUUUGUACGUGGCUAUGACUGAUCGUCAUUCAGGGAAGAAUAUCGAAACCUCGCGUGGCAGAGACUUUACGGAGUGCAAACGUAUUUUUCACACAGUGCUCGUUACAUCGCGUUAUUGACAAGGUGUUCUUUUCGUCGACACGCAAAGAGACGCUUCAGUGUAGAUCAAUUGUUUCCUCGUUACAGAAAAAGAAAAAGAAGAAACAAAAAAAAAAAAGAAACGAAAGAACGAAAAUAUAAAGUGAUCGUGUGUCGUUCGUCGCGUUGAUUCCUUUUCCUGCGGUAUGAGCACAAGCUGGAUCUAUUUCCGUCGUGAAUUUGUUCUUAGAGCUGUUUCGAAUAUUCUACUCUGUCGCAGGAGAAUUGCGAUACCUGUUGUACAACUCGUCUGGCCAGAGAACCACGUUUACUACUGAAUCUUGAUUCUCGACGUUGAACAAGCAAGCGUGACGAAACUGAAACUCUGACAUAGAGAUUCGUUACACGGGCGACGAAGAGUCCCAUGUUAUAUUUUUUCUUUGCUGUUAGAAGCGCAUAUCGCGUUAGUACGUUCGUAGUGUGGCAUCGAAGUGCCUUGCUAAAGUAGAUAAGAAACGAAUAAUACCGAUAAGUUGUCAAUACCAUUUCUGGUCAUAUUCGUUCCAAUGAAGAUAAAGAAAAAUAAAUUAUUUUUGUAAGCUUACGUCAGUAGGAGCCUGAUAAAAUAUAAUCAAAGUUUCGACGGCCGAAAACCAUAAAACGGGUCGAAGGACGGCCGCCAGAAAUCCGCCUUGGCCUACUCGAUUGAAAAUCGCCCCGCUGCGUUCAAUGCAACCAACUGCCAGGGGGAGCCCCCAGGUUCCCAGUCCUGGCUUGUUACGUCCAUUUACACCUCCGGAUCUUUCUUCUAUACCUCAUAUGGACGGUACACCCCCACAAAACAGCGGUGUUCGUAACAGUUCCUCAUCCGUGAGCGGCCAAACCAACGAUGGUGCCCAACAACAAUCCGGUCCAUAUAUCAUCGGUAGUCCCAUCGAUCUCGGCAACAUCGAUAACGUCGACAAUAUUGGCCUACGUAUAGAUUCUCUGACGACUGGGAUUGGGAGCCGAAGAACACGUGAACACAUCGAACUGCGGGAAGCUGGAGCGCACGAAACAAGUUCCGAAGUUGGUCCCAUAAGGGCGGAAAAUGGUGCAUCCCAAGGUGACGAUCAGCGGUCUGCGUAUCAACAUGAUAGUAGUGAAGAAAGGGUAGUUUUCAUAAAUGCUCCCCAGCAGCCAGCAAAAUACAACAACAAUCGCAUUAGUACCGCAAAGUACUCACUUCUUUCGUUUAUACCUAUGUUUCUUUUCGAACAAUUUCGUCGAUAUAGUAAUUGCUUCUUCCUAUUCAUCGCCCUCAUGCAGCAAAUACCGGAUGUAUCACCUACAGGUCGAUACACAACUUUGGUUCCAUUAAUUUUUAUUCUUAGUGUAUCUGCAUUAAAGGAGAUAGUCGAAGAUAUUAAAAGGCAUAGAGCAGAUGAUGAAAUAAAUAUGCGUGAAGUGGAGGUUUUGAGGGAUGGCCACUGGCAAUGGAUACAAUGGAGAAAUAUUGCUGUUGGUGAUGUGGUUAAGGUUCACAACAACAAGUUCUUCCCUGCUGAUUUGAUUUUAUUAUCAUCAUCGGAGCCACAGGGUAUGUCUUUCAUAGAGACUGCCAAUUUGGAUGGAGAAACAAAUUUGAAGAUACGACAGGCCCAUCCUGACACUGCCAGUCUCUUAGAUACUGUUGAAUUAAUGAAUUUUCGUGCAAAUAUUCAAUGUGAACCACCAAACAGACAAUUGUAUGAGUUUAAUGGAGUAUUGCGAGAAACAAAUAAACAACCUGUAGCUUUGGGACCUGAUCAAGUAUUGCCUCGUGGUGCAAUGCUAAGAAACACACGGUGGGUGUUUGGUGUAGUAAUUUACACAGGCCAUGAUACAAAACUUAUGCAAAACAAUACUACAACUGCACCCUUAAAAAGGUCUACCUUGGAUCGACUGACCAAUACACAAAUACUCAUGUUAUUCUUUAUACUUCUUUUGUUGUGUCUAUUAUCUGCAAUAUUUAAUAUUCUUUGGACCAAAGCUAAUAGUGAUGGAUUGUGGUAUUUAGGUUUACAAGAGAAAAUGACUAAAAAUUUUGCUUUUAAUCUCUUAACAUUUAUGAUUUUAUUUAACAAUUUAAUACCCAUUUCGUUGCAAGUCACAUUGGAAGUAGUGAGAUUUAUUCAAGCCACAUUCAUUAAUAUGGAUAUCGAAAUGUACCAUGCAGAAACAGAUACACCAGCAAUGGCACGUACAAGCAAUCUUAACGAAGAACUUGGUAUAGUUAAUUAUGUCUUUACUGAUAAAACCGGAACUCUUACGAAAAAUGUAAUGGAGUUUAAACGAUGUUCAGUUGGUGGCAAGUUAUAUGAUUUGCCAAAUCCAAAUAUAAAUGGCAAUGAAGUCGCUACUAGUAUUAAUAGUGAGCUAAUUAGAGAUAUUGUUGAAGGAAGAUCAGUACAAGAUUCUUCUCGUCCUGUUGAUAAAAAGGCUGCAAACCAUGAAAAAGUAGUACAUGAAUUUAUGAUUAUGCUCUCAGUGUGUCAUACUGUUAUUCCUGAAAAAAUUGAUGAAACUGUAAUUUAUCAUGCUGCAUCUCCAGAUGAAAGGGCGUUAGUAGAUGGAGCUCGUAAAUUUAAUUACGUAUUCGAUACUAGAACGCCCGCUUAUGUGGAAAUAAUAGCUUUGGGUGAAAGACUUCGUUAUGAAAUAUUAAAUGUAAUAGAAUUUACUUCUGCUAGAAAAAGGAUGUCCGUAAUUGUCAAAACACCAGACGGAAAAAUCAAACUUUUUUGUAAAGGAGCUGAUUCCGUUAUUUACGAAAGAUUAUGUCCAGCUCCCUUAGAUAAUAAUGACCUUGAACAGAGUAGUUUGGACGAUUUCCGAGACGUAACUUUGGAACAUUUGGAGGCAUUUGCGUCCGAAGGUUUAAGAACGCUUUGUUUUGCCGUUGCAGAUAUACCUGAUAAUUUCUAUCAAUGGUGGCGUGAAACUUAUCACAAUGCGACAAUUAGUUUAGGAAAUCGUGAAAGUAUGAUCGAAAAUGCUGCGAACCUUAUUGAAACAAAAUUAAGAUUAUUAGGGGCAACUGCUAUUGAAGAUCAAUUACAAGAUCAGGUACCAGAAACAAUACAAGCUCUUUUACAAGCUGAUAUUAAUGUAUGGGUAUUAACUGGAGAUAAACAAGAAACUGCCAUAAAUAUUGGCUAUUCUUGUAAAUUGAUUACGCAUGGGAUGCCAUUAUAUAUAAUUAAUGAAUCAUCUUUAGAUAAAACAAGGGAAGUUAUAAUACAGCGGUGUCUUGAUUUUGGAAUCGAUCUAAAGUGUCAAAAUGAUGUAGCUCUUAUUAUAGAUGGAAAUACCUUAGAUUUUGCAUUAUCCUGUGAUAUUAGAAUGGAUUUUCUAGAUUUAUGUUCAUCUUGCAAAGUUGUUAUUUGUUGCAGAGUUUCACCAAUGCAGAAAGCCGAGGUAGUUGAUUUGAUAACAAGUAACAAAAAGGUUGUAACGCUUGCUAUUGGAGAUGGCGCAAAUGAUGUAGCUAUGAUCCAGAAAGCACAUAUCGGCGUUGGAAUUUCCGGAGUUGAAGGUCUUCAGGCAGCUUGUGCUUCUGACUAUUCUAUUGCGCAAUUUCGUUUUUUAAAACGUUUGUUAUUUGUUCAUGGUUCAUGGAAUUACAGUAGAAUGUGUAAAUUAAUAUUGUACUCAUUCUACAAAAAUAUUUGUCUGUAUGUUAUCGAACUGUGGUUUGCUAUUUACUCCGGCUGGUCCGGACAAAUCCUUUUCGAGCGAUGGUCAAUUGGUCUUUACAAUGUUGUAUUUACAGCAGCUCCUCCACUAGCUAUGGGUCUCUUUGAUAAAGUAUGUUCCGCGGAAACUCAUUUAUCUCAUCCAGGAUUAUAUGCUACAAAAAAUACUGGGGAAUCGUCGUUUAAUUUUAAGGUAUUUUGGAUGUGGAUUGCAAAUGCUUUAAUACAUUCAUCUCUUCUUUAUUGGUUAUCGCUGCUGGCUCUAAAAGAAGGCGUGAUAUGGGCAAACGGCCGAGAUGGUGGAUACAUUGUUUUAGGGAAUUUUGUAUACACUUAUGUAGUUGUAACAGUAUGUGGAAAAGCAGGGUUAAUAAUAAAUUCUUGGACGUGGGUCACUCAUUUGGCAACAUGGGGAUCUAUUAUGCUUUGGUUUUUGUUUAUUCUUAUAUAUAGUAAUUUUUGGCCUGUUUUAAACGUGGGUGCAGUGAUGUUGGGCAACGAUAGAAUGCUGUUUUCUUCACCUGUAUUCUGGCUGGGUUUGGUACUUAUACCAGCAGCAGUGCUACUUGUGGAUGUAACAGUUAAGGCAGUAAAGAAUACAAUUUGGAAGUCCGUAACUGCGGCAGCUAGAGAAAAUGAGAUUCGAAAAUCAGACCCCGGGGAUAUAUUCAACAGUCAUGACUACAGAAGCUCAUUGACGGAGACGGCACGGCUAUUGAAAAACGUAAAAAGUGUUUUCACCAGGCGAUCAAACGCCGCCUCCAGAGUUAAUACCGAUGUGGAACUAUCACAGAUUAAUAGGCUACGAUCUUUGUUGUUGCACAUGCUGCGCCAUGCAGAUGGAUUUGCAUUCUCUCAAGAGGAAGGAGGCUCGGUGACACAGACGGACGUAAUCAGAGCUUACGAUACAAAUCUUCCGAAACCUGGCGGCAUGUGAUCUUAAUUCUUCUAGCUAGAGAAACUACACAGAUGUAUAUUCUAUAGGUACUUUUUUCGAUUAACGAAAUCAAAAAUAGAAAAAAAGAAAAAAAAACGAAAAGAAAAAAAGAAGAAAGGGAAGAAAAAGGAAGUUUUUCUGGGAAUUUGGUACUCGCCAAGCCCUACGUAACGCCUGUCUAUUGUGUUUCACAAUUGAUUCGAUAUUUCGCUUGUUCUUUCCUUGCAAAAGGGAGAUGUUACGAUUUUCGAUGACGGGCCUUGUAACUAAUAGUAUUAGAAAGACUAUCAAACGACAAUUCUAAAAAGAUGUAUCCCCUGUUUUCUUAAAUUAUUAAGAUCGUGUACGACUAAGAAAGGAAGACAAAGAGAAACCCUAUAGGUGUCCUACGCCCUACAUAAUUGUUUUUGAUACCCUCUGAGAUUUACUAUAUCUAUUAUAUACCUCAAAUCUCGUCUUGUAAGAUCUCGUACUUCUUAUAAUCAUCGUUUUUGUCUUGUGCAUUUAAAUGCGGUGCAUUUCUAAACUCAUUUUACGCUAGAUCUAAAUCUUAAGAGAAUCAUUACGCACUCUGAAUGUAUAUUCCGUUUUUGUAGUUCAACGGGAACGUAGUUUUUUUUUUUUUGUGGAAUUCGAUGAAUUUAAGAAACGAAUAAUUAUUGUAAACGGAAAGAAAGAUUUGUUUGUGCGACUGGCGAUACGUAAGGCGAUACAGAGAGUUUGACUUUCGAUUGCGAACAUAAGUAAAACGUAUAUUCUAAAUAUGUACUGUCAAAACAAAAAGUAUAUGAAUAAGAAAGUAUUCGAAGAAUUAUCCUUUGAAAUGUUUAUCGUGUAAAAGGACUAACUAGCGUUCUGUCGAUUGUCGUGAUUUAGAUGUUAAAAGAACAUUGUUCCCACUGGAUUCCACGUUAUUCGUUCAUUCGAUUCGUUCCUUUUUUUUUUUUUUUGUUCAUUGUUAAAUCAACUUUAAUAUACAUAUUUUGCGAUUAUAUAUAUGAUAGUUGCGUUGUUAUCUAGUCAAAAGAAUUUGAUGUAAGUGUGUUUCCAUUCAGAGAUUUACUCUUCCGGCCAUUAUAAAUACUUUUUUUUAUGUUUACGACUGAUAAAUUUAUUAUUAAACUUAUUAUUAAAGAAACGAUAUGUGCACAUGUAUAGCAACAAUUUUGUGUACAUUAUAUUCAGGAUAUAGUAUACAUAUAUGAUUAUAUUCAGAAUAAAAAGAACAUAAUUCAGAAAUAUUGUUUAUAUUGUUGCAAUUGUUCAAUUUUUCAAACUUAUGACAAUUGUUAGAGAAACAUUUGAAUAAUUGGUUCGACUAUAUGUAUGUAUAAGUGGAUUUGAAAUUUUUAUUAAAAUGAUAGUAUAAUAUAAAUAUGUAAGUACAAAGCACAUGUAGAUAUAUUGUAUCAGUAAGCUAUGUAUAUAAAAUGUAUAUAUUUCUCUCUCUC